AUGGCUGCGAUGACGUUUACCAAGCUCUAUACCAAUCAAAACUGUCCAUACCAAUCAGGGGCGCACCGUGUUCAUAUUGCGCUGGCGGAAUUAGCUCUUCCGUUCGAGGAGGAGAUUACUGACUAUAGUAAGCCAAGAACGCCUGAGUAUCUCGAGAUCAAUCCGAGUGGAAAGGUACCCACAAUCAUAUACAACGGCCACAUCGUCGUCGAGUCCGCUAUCAUCGCGCAGUUUCUGGCUGAUUCAGUGGCAUCGACGCACUUGAUUCCACGGACCGGAGGAGCUCAAGGUGCCUUCAUGCGUGAGAAGAUCGCUUUCUUUGUCGAAACUUAUUUUUCGAAAGCCAAUAUCUACUACUACCAGGCGAUAGAAGCCAAGACUAAUGAAGACGCCGAGGACUUGGGCAAGCAUUACUUUGAUGCCAUCGUCACAGAGGUUGAGCCUCUCUUACGGGACAAGAAGCCGUUCUUUAAUGGCAGCAGCAUGCUGACUAUGUCCGAGGUCCUGACAGCCUCCUUUAUCAUCCGCAUUUUCACGCUGCCUUUCACCAAAGAUCCACCGUUGCCGAAAUCCAUGAUAGCUGGUCUAGCAGAAUAUGCGCCAAAUUUCUACGCAUGGGCUCAGAGCACCAUGAAGCAUCCGUCUGUAAAUAGCAUCUACAACAAAGAUGUUUGUGCGGCCGAGAUGCGUGAUCGAUGA